GUGAGUUUAUCGUUUAUUGAUUAGUUUUAAAGUCUUCCCGAGAUUGCAUUGCAUAGAAUUGCACAACGCUGGAGCCCUAAAGGUUAUAUUGUCGGUGGAAGAUGCCGAAAAUCAAGAUAGAGAAGGUGAUAAGUUUCAGCUCCGAAGAUCCGGAUUAUGGUGCUGCUAACUUACUAGAUCAUAAGUCUGCAAAGAAAUGGCAAUGUUUGAAGCCCGGAGAAAGAACUGCGAAUGUUGUGCUGCAGCUGGAGGAGCCCACUGUCAUUACUAAUGUGGAUAUAGGAAACAAUCAUUCGGCCUAUGUGAGUGUCGAGGUGGGCAGAUCAUCAAACCCGAAUGUAUUUCAGAGCCUGAUCCCGGCCUCCCUGUUCAUGACGAUUCUGGAAAGCAGGCAGAAUGUCGGUGUGCACAAGGUGAGGAUGUUCAAGGUGGACGAUCUGAAGAAGCCCGAAUGCGAGGAGAAAUGGGAUCUGGUGAAGGUGAUCUGCAAUCAGCACUUUAACAAUUCCAUCAAAUUUGGAAUAUCGUUUAUAACGUUGCACGGAUCGCAGCAGGCUGCGCCGAAGGCUGUGCAGAGUAGUCGCUUAGUUGUGAGGGAAUUGUCGCCGGAGAUCGGUAACUUAUUUAUUUCGGAGAAGGACACUGGCGAUAAAAAGGUAUCGGCCGCGGUGGCAAUUCGUGCUUCUUCGUCGUCCUCCUCCACCACAACUCAGAUCUCCGCUGUGAAGAAAACGCCUUUGAUAAAAAGAAAGCACACGCCGUGGGGCGACGUCGACGAUAGUCCGAGGCAUAAGAACAGAAACGAAGUGCUGUACGACGACGAGGAUUACGAACCGAACAAGAAAAUCGACAGAAUCAUGGAGCUGAAGAACAAAGAGAACGAGCAGAAAGCGAAGCAAUCGAUCGAUGCUAAAGAGAAACCAAAGAAGCGGAAAGAGGAGGAGAAAGUUAAGGUGAAGACGCCCAAAAGGAAACUGGACGAUGCCGGCAGUUUCAAGCAGAAGAGAUCGAAACUGGCGAAACCUUUCAACAGAUUGUUGGAGGGUGUCGAAAUUGUAAUAAGUGGAAUCCAGAACCCUGAAAGGGCGCAGUUGAGGUCGGCCGCCCUUUCGAUGGGCGCCAAAUACAGUGCGGAUUGGCGGAAUUCCUCCACACAUCUAAUAUGCGCUUUCGCGAACACGCCCAAGUUUAAUCAAGUCAAGGGUAAAGGGAAGAUCGUGAUGAAGACAUGGAUAAGUCAGUGCAAUCAGCAGAGGAAGAGGUUACCGUGGAGGAGAUUCGCGCUAGAUCCGAGCGAUCAGACGGGAAACGAGAGCGAGGAGGAAAUCGAAGAGCUGCAGCCGGAGCCGGCGCCGCCGCAGGAAGACGAGAACGAGGACGAGGGGGAUGACACAGGAGGCGACACCGAUGAGGAAAUCGAGAGGAUCAAGCGACGAAAGGCCGAGUCACAGGUCAUGGACGUGGAAGCUUCCGCAGUUGCGGCUCCUCCUGUACGAGACGAUACUCCUUCAGCCAAAGAUGAUGCAGUUGAAACGUGCCGGACUUCAGUUGUUGCCGAAGACCGAGAGGAUGAGCAAUUCACCGAUUUGACGCACACCGAUCUCAGCGAUUACUACGACGGCCUCGCGUUUUACGUGGACGAAGAUUUCAUCGAGGACGAUCUCACGAGACAAUUGAACCAAUAUAUUACCGCGUACGACGGCGAGGUGACAACAGACGAGGACCGCGCGAAUUACAUAAUAACAAACAACUCCAAGAGACGGCAACGAAGGAGGUCGUCUCGCGAGGAGAAGAUCCCUCAAGUGUAUCCCGACUGGGUGUUCUGGUGCCACAACCACCAGAGAAUCAUGCCGUACGAAGACUUCCUGACGAACUGAGAAGCGCCCAAUCUCCAUAGAAACCAAACAAAACAAUACCUUCUUCCGCUUACAACAAACUACAAUAAAACUACUUUCAAUCUUUUUUUUAUAUUUCAUAUAUAUAUAAAAAGGUUGCUGUU